CCCGCAGACAUGUCAUCAAACAGAAUCCGGUUGGAGUUGGUGCCCCUGAUGCAACUGCUGUUGCUGCUGGCGGCGACACUAAUCCCGCUGCUGCAGGCCCGGAUUGUUGAGGAUCUGCAACCGAAUCCCACUCCGAAUCUAACUCCGAAUCCAGACAGCACCACCACCACCACCACGAUUCCUAACCCGUAUACGGAGCAGCUUGAACCGGAGAACUCCGCUCAAGUGGAUGGCCAACGCAUCGACUGCAAAUUGACUUUCGAUGCGGCGACAAUGGACUCGUUAGGCUGCCACAAUGAGGGGGCGGCAUCCCCCUCCUCCUCCCGCUCCUACUCCAUGGAAGAGGAGGGCGUGGCAUCCAGUAAUAAGCCCGAAGCGAACCCGCUGCAAAUUCCAGACUGGCAGCGACACUUAAAGUCCCCGGACAGCCAGCCCAUCUAUGAAUUACAAUUGGUUGUUUGGCCCUCUGACAUCGAGGAUGGUGAUGACUUUGGCCCGCCACUGGCCACCAUCACCACAACAACGAAAACUCCAGCAACAACAACAACAAGUGGCUUUGGAAACCACAGGCCAACUAACGCCAAACCGAAACCCACACAAAUUGGGACACCUAUUGAGCAAAUAUGGCCAUUGUACGAAGAUCAAUUGGUCGUAUUUCCGCAAAUGGACUUUGAAGAGGAGAAUCUUGAUUAUUUCUUCGACGAGGAGGCACCACCACCUACCUCACCACCUACUGAACCCACUACAACCACCACUACCACCAGCACCACCACUGGUCGGCCGGUAACCAUCUAUCAUCCAACGGGCACGCCCACUCCAACGCCCAUUUAUGUUGUGCAAAACUAUCACGUGAUACAUCCCAACGGCACCGAGGAGUACAAAUUGGUGAUGAGCAACGGCCUGGUGAACUACAAGAAGAUUUACACCAAGAAGGUGGGCGACCAGGAGGUCAACGUGCAGGAGGGCUAUAACUCAGUUCCCAUUCCCGGGCCCAAAAACCAAAUCCAGACGCAGUACUACAUUGCCGAUGAGCGGGGAUACAAUGUCUAUAGAAUUGAGCUCCACUAUCAUCAGCCUGGGUCGCCCAAACAUUUGCAUUACAAAGCCACAAAAGCGACCAAUAUGUGA